AAUAAUUUUUAACUAAAUUUUAUUCUAUAAAGCUAAUGUGCACAGCACGCUAUUCCUAACUGGUAGACUAUCAUUCCACAUUGAAGAUGGUGUGUUAUAAACUGGGGGAAUCUCAUUUCUUGCUUGUUUUAACAUGCUUGUGGUUGUGGUUGUGGUGGAGUACUCGUAUCCACGUUAUUGCUGCAUAUCACAGUUUGAGGCCCGGUGAUACUCUGAAUUCCACAACCGAACUGUGUUCUGAAAACGAUAAAUAUUGCUUGGGUUUUUCCCAAUUUAGUUCUGCUCAUAACAGCACUUAUUUGCGGAUAUACGCCAAAGGAAAAGGUGACUGGAACAUGUGGAUUGGUAAUAGAAACCAACCACUUGACAUGGAUUCCGCAGUUCUGUCGCUGAGCCACUCUGGAGUACUGAAAAUAGAAUCCAAAGACAUGGAACCUAUCAUCCUUUACUCUUCAACGCAGCCGUCGAACAACACUGUGGCAACAUUGAUGAACACGAGCAAUUUUGUGUUGCAACGCCUUCAACCCGGUGGGACUGAGAGUACUGUGUUGUGGCAAAGUUUUGAUUAUCCUACUGAUAAGUUGCUCCCUGGGAUGAAGUUAGGAGUCAAUCACAAAACUGGUCGCAAUUGGUCUCUAGUUUCGUCAAUGGGUUAUGCUAACCCAGCUCUUGGGGCAUUCAGGCUUGAAUGGGAACCCAGAAGAAGAGAAUUACUCAUCAAGCAACGAGGACAAUUGUGUUGGACAAGUGGAGAACUCCGAAAAAACAUAGGAUUCAUGCACAACACGCAUUACAUGAUUGUCUCAAACGACGACGAAAGCUACUUCACAAUUACAACUUUGAAUGAAGAGUUAACAAGAUGGGAGCUAUUAAAAACUGGGCAGUUGAUUAAUAGGAAUGGAGAUGACAAUGUUGCAAGGGCUGAUAUGUGUUAUGGGUACAACACAGAUGGAGGGUGCCAAAAAUGGGAGGACAUACCCUUCUGCAGAAAUCCUGGUGAUGCAUUUGAACUCAAAGAAGUUUACCUCAAUUUAAACCUGAAAAAUUUUCUGGCUAAUUCGAGUUAUAGCCCGAGUGAUUGCCGGGAUACUUGCUGGAAAAAUUGUAGUUGUGAUGGAUUCACAGAUUAUUACGAUGAUGGAACUGGUUGUAUAUUCGUGUAUUUAAAUUUAACAGAAGGUGCUGAUUUUGCAAGUGGGGGCGAAAAAUUUUACAUAUUGGUAAAGAACACCCAUCACAAAGGUACAAAAAAGUGGAUAUGGAUAAGUAUUCUAAUAGUAGCUGCUCUAUUUUCAAUAUGUGCUUUCAUUCUGUAUCUGGCCUUAAAGAAAAGAAAACUUCGGUUUGAAGAUAAAAACAGAAAAGAAAUGGAAAUUAAUAAGAUGGAAGAUUUAGCAACUUCAAAUAGAUUCUACGAUGCCAGAGAUCCUGAAGAUGAGUUCAAGAAGAGACAAGAUCUAAAAGUAUUUAGCUACACAUCAGUUCUGUUAGCAUCCAAUGAUUUUUCAACUGAAAACAAGUUAGGACAAGGAGGAUUUGGACCUGUUUAUAAGGGAAUCCAACCAAAUGGGCAAGAAGUUGCCAUAAAAAGACUUUCUAAAACAUCUUCACAAGGAACUGCGGAAUUCAAAAAUGAACUAAUGCUUAUAGGUGAGCUUCAGCACAUGAAUCUUGUACAACUACUUGGAUACUGCAUUCACGGCGAAGAGAGGAUUCUAAUUUACGAGUAUAUGCAUAACAAAAGCUUGGAUUUCUAUUUAUUUGAUGGUACUAGAAGCAAGCUACUAGACUGGAAGAAGCGUUUCAACAUAAUAGAAGGAAUUUCUCAAGGAUUACUCUAUCUUCACAAGUACUCAAGACUGAAAGUCAUUCACAGAGACUUAAAAGCUAGUAAUAUACUUCUUGAUGAGAAUAUGAACCCCAAAAUUUCUGAUUUUGGAUUAGCAAGAAUGUUUACACGACAAGAAUCCACAACUAACACUAGUAGGAUUGUUGGCACCUAUGGUUACAUGUCUCCUGAAUAUGCCAUGGAAGGAGUUUUCUCUGUAAAGUCUGAUGUGUAUAGCUUUGGAGUCUUACUACUUGAAAUUGUUAGUGGAAGAAGAAACACUAGCUUCUACGAUGGUGACCGCUUUCUAAAUCUAAUAGGACAUGCAUGGGAGUUAUGGAAUGAAGGUGCAUGUCUAAAAUUAAUUGAUCCAUCUCUAACUGAGUCACCUGAUCUUGAUGAAGUGCAAAGAUGUAUUCAUAUUGGUCUCUUAUGUGUAGAACAAAAUGCAAAUAAUCGACCCUUAAUGUCACAAAUCAUAUCAAUGUUAUCAAACAAGAAUCCAAUUACCUUACCUCAAAGACCAGCAUUCUAUUUUGGAAGCGAGACCUUUGAUGGGAUAAUAUCUUCUACAGAGUUUUGUACGGAUUCAACGAAAGCAAUAACCACUUCCAGAGAAAUAGAAUCAAGUUGACAGUGAACAUCAAUGGGGAGAAGAAGCACGAAACCAACUCCAUUUCUCUUAAUUUGCAAGGUGACAAUAAGGAGACCUUCACCAAUGACUGAAAUAUUAAAAAUUGGUGAAUUUUACAUAUUUGUGAUUGAUUUUGACGUGCUAGAUAACUGGGGUUUGGGUCCCUCCCCAAAAGAUCCGGUGAAGUCUAGGGUUUGAUUUUUCUAGUUUGAUGUUGUUUUGAUUCCAACAAAUAGGUUGUAUAAUCAAUUAUCCCCAGUUCCUUGCCCAUGCUUAAGUAUUAAUUUCUUCUUCUGGUGGUUUAAUGUUUCAUUUUGUGGAUUUGUGAUCGUGCGACAUGGUAAAUGGCGUUGCAUGUUGUAUUUGGAAAUUGAUGCCCAUGCAUGAAGAUUUACAACUCAAGGAUCCUUUAACCCUUGAGUUGGACAUGUUGAAUCUUCAAGUCUUAUAUUACUAUUAUUAUUAUUAUUAUUAUUAUUA